AUGUCAUACAAACAGAACCAUGCAGUAUUUUCUAUGGCUUCAUCCAAGCCAUUUGACCUGAAGCUUUCCACAAAGGUUAAACUUCCGUACCAGUCAUCAUUAGAGUCUACGUACGCCGAUCUGAGUCACAUCGGUAUUGGCGAUCUCGUUUGCGUUUUUAUUUACCGUAUCUUCGACGGUGUCAACUUUUUGAGUCACGCGUCGCCGGUGGUUGGUGCUACCUGA